GUGACUUACGUAACGCCGUUCCCUAAAAAUUAUGCAAGAGAAAAUCUUACUUACAUAGACAUAAGCUCUAUUGUAGAAGAUAACGCAAAUUUAUACAAACCGGAUCUGCACACACUACCGCUGAAAACUGUCAGCCUUCGUCAGACCUUACAACUAGGAGUCAAGUCAUCCCAACAUGUGCUGCAGCACCAGGCCAUGCAGGAGCUCAUGUUACACCAAGAGGCAUCAAUUGACGUGGUAAUAGCCCACUGGUACCAUAACACUCUGCUGUCGCCUCUUAGUGUCGUGUUCGAUUGCCCUCUGAUCUGGUACGUGGCGCAUGACGCGUGCUGGGGGGCGCAACGGUUGGUCCACGAGGCGACGAGCCCCGCGUACAGCACAGGGGUCCACUCCGCUCGAACCCCCUCAAUACCAUUUACAAUAAAAGAAAGGGCUCUACAAAUCUGGCAACAGUUUUAUUCCGGUUUUUUGUCUCGAUACUAUGCACAUUACGUGGAGCUCCCGUUAUACGGAUCGUUAUAUUCGGCUGCUAUCCCUGAACGUGGACGCAUGCUGCCACCUUACGAGCUGGUGACAACUAAUGGGUCACUGCUGCUGAUCAAUUCCCACCCACCGCUUGGACAGUCACUACCGCUUCCACUGAAUGCGAAGCUUGUGGGAGGACACCACCUGAAGCCAGACACAACCCUGUCAAACAAGCUCCAAUCAUUUAUGGAUAACGUGAAAGAUGGGGUGAUAUACAUGGAUCUCGGUGCAAACGUGAAUAGUGAAGAUAUACCUUCGCACGUGAGGAGCAGGCUGUUGGAAAUGUUCGGGCAGCUGAAACAACAGGUGUUGUGGCGGCUAGACAUGCAGCCACCGCACAGGCCCAGUAACGUGCACCUGUUUAGACAUGCACCAGCACUACCCAUCUUAUGUCACCCAAACACUGUUAGUUUCAUCACGGAUGGCAGUUCCACUUCUCUGAUGGAUGCGAUACAGUGUGGAGUACCCGUUGUAACAGUACCAUUACUUGGAGAUCAAUUUGUUAAUGCGGACCUCGCGGUGGCGCGCGGUUUCGCUAAGAGAGUGGAGUUUACACAUCACUUCGCGUGGAAAUUGAGGGAUGCUAUUGAAGAGAUACUACGUAAUACGAGUUAUCGGAGCAGCGCAUUCGAAGCUUCCAAAAUAUUUAAGCUGCGUCCACAGCCUGCACCCGCUGAGCUUCUUCAUUGGGUGGAGUACAUUAUAUCUACAGGUGGUCGCCAUUUGCGUUCACCAGCAGUCCACCUGUCAGCUAUCGAAAGGUACCAUCUGGACAUUUGGCUUCUACUGGCGAUGAUCCUAUGGUUCUUGUCCAAAGUGAUAAAAGUUAUAAAGGUUCAUCUGAAAGAUGAUUAUGAUAAGAAAAAUGAUUAGAUAAAUGUGACCAGUAUUAUAUAU